UAAAAUGAUUACCGUGAUUGUAUGUGUUUGUACAUAAUAAUGUAUUUUUGUAUACUUUAUACAUAAUAUUAUUUAAAUAUUACAUAAAUAAACAAUUAUUAACCCUCCUUAAAAGUACAGUUUAGUUAUUAUUCUUUUGUAAAUAACAAAUAUAAAAAUGGGAAUCGAUGAUUCUGGUGAACAUUCUCAAACAACAAAUAGUGAUGGAGAAAGACCCUUUAAGAAAGCAAAAUACGCUUGGCAAGUUAAAGGACGUUCACAUUUAAAAGAAAAAAAUACACCACAAAAUGAGGACGUAUCAGCUGACACCAAUUCUGAAUCCACAAAUGAUACAACACAACGAUGCCGUAAUUGUGCCCAAAAUAAUUACUUAAAUACAAUAUUAAAUCAUUCAGAAUAUUUAAUGGAUGAUGUAGGAAAAAGUUCAAAAUCACAAGUUCCUGUUUCAAUGGUUCCAAAAACAAAAAAGACUUACGAUCAGUAUUUAGCUAUUUGGCAAGCCAAUCAAUUAGCAAAAUGUUUUCUUGACAAUACAAUAAAUACGGUUUUUGAAAAAUGGAUGAUUGCACCGUUUGAUGAUGCAAACGAUUUAAUUGAAAAUUGUGAAAAUGGUGGUAUUGUAGAAGAUGAAGGUAUUUUAAUGGCUAUACAAUCACAUGGAUUACAAUCGAAUUCCAAUAUUCCAAACGAUGGUGGGAUGAGUUAUUCAGAUAGUGGUGAAACUAGGAGCACAGAUUUACCAGAAUGUACAUGCAAUUCGAGAAAACCAUCGACGACAAAACAACCUGAAACAGCUAGAAAUAAUGAAGAUAUAGAUAUUAGUACUACAAUACAUAAUCAAACCGUAAUUACGAAUCCUGUUGAACCGUCAGUAAAUGUUGAACAUUUUGAUUUUUUAAGCACUGCUGUUGCUGUGGCCAUUCAAAAAAAAGGACUUAAUAUUUAAAUUUUUGAUUAACUUUUCUUUUUAGAAUAUGAAAUGCUAUUACAAAAAAAUUAAUUAAGAAUGGGUGAGCAACAGCGUUAUUUUUUUUAGUAAAAAUUAUUAAAUUUGGCAAGGGUGGCGUAAUAUCGGACUUUUAAUCCAUGAAAAAGUUAAGCCAUAAUUACCAAUUUUAAUUUUUAAAUUUGCUAACA